AAAACCGUACCGUGGGUGUGGCCGCCAUAACCGCCGCGUCAGGAAGGAGGGGUUUCAGAGUUAAUCAGGUAACUGUUUCGAACAUGGGAGAUACAUUUGACAAAGACUCCGUGAAUCCUAUGGAUUUCAAGUUUAAUUCUAAUAAAGAUUUGGGUCUUACUUUUGGAGAAUAUCUUAUUGAAGUGUCUUCUGUGACUGUCCAACUAUAUGAUAAUCAAAAGUCAUAUCUAAUAUAUGGUGAAAUCUUUGUUGUUGAUGAUAAAGGAGAAACAAUUCAUCUCUACAGGCGAGAUAAGGGGAAUCCUCAGUUUAUCUCCUCAGACAAUAACACCUUAUUGCUUAAUGGUCCACAAGACAGUAUUAUCACAAUCAAUGGAGCCCUUAGCAUGACUGUAAGUCUCAAGAUCUUGAGCCGGAACAAAAAGAAAAACUGCUGGGAAUAUCCUUUUGCAGAGAAGGGAUUGGAUCUUGCAACUGAGGGUAACUCUAGCUGGUUACUUGCUGGAGGGAUAGGUCGGGGUCGGGGUCUUGAUAAUGUUUGGUUUGUGAAAGGGUGUUUAAAUUUGGACAAUACCGCUGAAGUUUGCUAUCAUGAAUUCAAAUCCUUAUCUUUUAAGGGUAUCCUUGGAUCUGUUUGUGUGAAUUAUAUUUCUAUGCCUUGUGGCCUUAUUGCUGAAGUGGAAGUAAUAAAAGUUGUUAAAGUAGGAGAAGAUGGUGUUGAAAGAAGUGGACUCCGCAAUGCUAAGAUUUAUGGAAGCAUCACAGCUUGCUAUGGCAGGACUUUUGGGCACACUGCGGACGACUCUUCUACAGAAUAUCCUCCAAUUGUUCUUUAUAAGAAACUACCAAGGAAGCAUGAUCGACUGACUUACGGGAUUCCAAUAGAGUUGUGUAGAUCGUUGUUUUGCGUGCCAUCCUAUUCCUCCCUUUUGGUUACAUUAGACAUAACCUUGAGGGAGCGUGGUGCUAAAGAGAACAUUGUUCUCAAGGGGUCAAAAGAAUUCAAUAUCUGUGGAAAUUUUGUGACAUCUCCGGAAUUUUUGUCUGUUGGAAAUAUCUGUGUCAAAGCUGAAGUGAACUUCUCUACUAGUGAUCAAGGUGGAUUAGACCUCGAGAAAGAAAAGAACCGUGAAAGUCAACUGUCUCAUCAACAACCUGUCUCAGCCUCGAGUAUAUGCAGGAGUGUAUCACGAACAAGAAGAAUGACCUUUAAUGAACAAAUACAGGUGCUUUCAGUCUUUGUUGCUCAUGAAGGUAGGGAAAAAGUGGAUAUGUAUGGCACAAUCGCAGUUGAUUCCUCUCCUGGUAGGCAUUAUAUUUACAAAAGGGGUGAGUCUUGUCCUGAAAGCUUUCCUCGAAAUGGCAAAGCAGCAUCCCUGGAGGGGCUUACCAGUUACGAAGGGGAUACUUUUUCUAUGUACGUGAAGCUCAAGGAUAUUGCGGGGCAUGUGGAAAUUGAUAAUUGUUUUAUGAUGUACUAUCAUGUAUAUGAUCAUCCUGGACAGUGGUUUGAUAGGCCCCUAUGCCGUAUUCUUAUGGGGAAACAUAGCUUUGCUGCAGUGAACUUCAUAGUAUUCAGCAGCGCUGUGAGGGCUACUGUGAAAAUCUCUGUCAUUGCCAAGGAUGCUUCUGCUUCUGUCCCCUUUGUGUAUGGGUCUAUUGUUGCGGAGUAUAGCAACUAUGAGUACUCAAACAAUUACCAGAGAAAACACUGGCGCAUUGUACUUUUUGAAGAGGAGAAUGCGCGAUGCCUGACAGAGGAUGGUGAAGUGCCCCUUUCUAGGAAUGUGGUUUCUGUUCCAGAGGAAGAUUCGUCUUUGAUUGUUGAUGUAGACCUGCAUGCAAGUUUGGGGACAGCCGGAGCUUCUAGCUUGGACCAUUUUUUGGGUAAAGUUAAUAUCGGCGAUGAUGAAGGCCAGAAAAUUGAGGGACGAAAGAAGGCGACAUCAACAUCAAGGAAAAGGAAGAGGAAAACGACAGAGUUGAUCAAUUUUGGGAAUAACAGACUCAUACAAAAACCCAGGUUUAACGGUAGGAUAAACGUAAAUUACACUUGGUAUAAAUUGAUGGAGCUUGUCACAAUUAGUUUGUUUCACGGGGGUCAAUUUGUAACGAACAAUAAUAGAACAACUUAUGAAAGGGGUGAUAAUCCUAAGGCGGGGAUGACAUUGCAUACAAAUGUUGAGGAAGUGUGCUAUUUUGAGUUUUGUGAUUGGAUUAAGAGGGAAUUAGGGUACGAUGCAGUGAGUCAAAUAUGGUUUAGGAGGCGUGGUUGUAGCUUAAAUGGGAAUGGUAGGAAAGAAAUUAAGAGUGAUGCUGAGAUUCCCGAGUUUUUGAGCGCACCCGAAAAAGACGGAUCGUACCAACUAUACGUGGUACAUGUUGAGAAGGGGGUUGAUUUGAGGAGUCGGUUUCCUUCAUAUGUGAGGUGGUAUAGUGAGAGUAAGAUUGACACUGAUGAGGGAAGUGGAGGAGGGAGUAAUUCCUUUAGUGGUGACUCAGCAAGGGGGGCCCACAAGUUGUCCAAAUCAGCAGUACAACAAAACCCACCCCUUCCAACAGGUUUGAUUCCAUCCCUCACACUCCCACCUACCACAAAGCAACCCUUUUCACUGCUAGAUCAAGCAGUGAGACAGAAGCUACCCACAGUUUUCCUGUACAAGAGAACUCUUGACCAAAAAAGGGCAGGUGCUAGAUCUGGCAGUGUGACUGGUGGAGCUGUUCAGGAGAGAGCUGGAGGUUCUGUUCAGGAGAGAAAUGGAGGUUCUGUUCAGGAGAGAGCUGGAGGUGAUCAGGUGCUAUAUGUAAGUGAGCAGAAUAGAGCUGAGUUUGAUCAGGAGAGAUCAAUAGGUGAGCAGAAUAGAGCUGAGUUUGAUCAGGAGAGAUCAGUAGGUGAGAAGGAGAGAACGGUGGGGAAGAGAUUUGGAGGGAAGGGGAAGAGAGCUGUAGAGAAGGGGGAGACAGCUGUAGGGCAGGAUACACUACUGGAUGAUGACUGUGAAGGAACUGAGGAUAGUGAUGUUUUAUUGAGUGAUGAUGAUUAUGAGGAUGCCAGUGAUGAUGAUCUGUUCCAGGAGUUUGUGGAUCAUGACAUCACUGAGGAUGUUAGUGUUAGGUUAUGA